AUGCCGUCACACCUUCCAAGAUACUUCAGCGGUUCCAAGAUAGCGUCAAAUCGCAUUUGCAGCACUCACUAUCGUCCUCACCUUGUCGCCGAGCCUGCCUUUACUGGGAGUGAUCCGUCCUUCCGCGACUCCAGAGACAUCUUGAGACAAAUCAGCUCUGGAGCUGUCUGGAAUGUUGGAGGAAACUCUGCCGCCUUGGGUCGAGCAUCUACGAUAGUCGCUCGUGGCUCGGGCUCUCCUUUCGCCAGUGGCACUACUGCUCCCAUGUUUACUGCUAAAUUCUUACCCCAGAGUGCGGCGAACGAGGAACGCGAGAAACACAAAUCCAGGGUGGCACUUGCUUUGGACUUUGAUCCAGCAACGAGACUUAUACAAAGCAGUAGGCCCUGGUCACCGCUCCGCGGGUUGCCGAAUCCAGCUUCUUCGAACUACGAGAGAUUCUCUCCCUUUGUGUGGAAGGAUAACGCCUGGAAACGGAAUGGGAGAGACCUGUGGAUGCCUGUAUCCAAGCCGAGUAAGCGAGUCGUCCCCAAUCGUCCAUUUCGCAUUCUAGAUGCGCCCCUCCUCCGCGAUGACUUUUAUUGCUCAGCAUUGGCGUAUUCAUCCACAUCCGGUAUUCUUGCUGUCGGUUUGGGUCACCGCGUGUAUUUGUGGUCCGAAGAUCUUGGGGUACAGCAUCCUCCCCUUAGCGAUCAGCAUCCCUCCAACUACGUGACAUGUUUAGCAUUCUCCUCUGACAAUGGCGGCAAAAGUAUACUGGCUGUUGCAAGACAGUCGGGGAUGUUAUGUUUGUGGAGUGUCUUCGACGCUGAGGUCCGAUUUGAGAUUAGCCAUCCUGAGAGCAUUACAUGUGUGGCAUUCAAGCAAACCAAGUCCCGCAGAACAUCAGAACGAUUCCGCAAUAUGGAAGUUGAUGUCGAGGAUCUGGCUGUAGGAGAUGAUCUAGGGAACAUAUGGUACUACUCAGUGGAGUGGCCUGAUGAUGAGAUAUGGGACCGAUAUGACUGGAACGGAGCCAUGACCUUGCUCGCCAAGAUAGCUGCUCACACACAGCAGAUCUGUGGAAUCAGUUGGUCACCGGAUGGCUCUUUUCUUGCAACAGGGGGUAAUGACAACUUUUGUCUGCUAUUUGAGCUCCAGACUAUCCUUCCUCCGCGUGAACUCAAUCUUUCGCUUCAAACUGAUUCGUCAUAUCGUUCGCUCUCUAAUCUUACGACAGAGGCCGGCAGGCUCCACCACCGAAGACGCAGUCUCAUCAGCAACCUGCUUCCACCCUGGGCCUUGUCAUAUGUUAGACCUUUUACCACAUCCCUGCUGAACCAUACGGGGUCGUUGAUCUCCGGUGGUGAAAAAACAAUCAUGGUUCCAGCCAACCGUCAAAAACAUCGACUAAUCCAUGGGGCGGCGGUGAAAGCGAUUGCAUUUGCUCCUUGGCAACCAUCCCUCUUGGCCACCGGGGGAGGAUCCAACGACCGAACUAUCCACUUCUACCACGCCCCGACGGGUGCAUGUCUGGCCACAAUUCAUGUAUAUGCACAAGUGACGGGCUUGAUUUGGAGCAAGACCAGGCGGGAGAUCGUGGCUACGUUCGGGUUCGCCCAGCCAGAGCACCCCUACCGAAUUGCGGUAUUCGCUUGGCCGACUUGUGAGCAAAUCGCUGCAAUUCCUUGGGGGCCGCACGGAAGCAGCUGGGAAAGCGCAGAUAAUGACCUCGUGGUCGAUUGCGGGCGGGCACUCUGCGCUGUCAUUUACCCUGGAAGACCCCAUAUUUUUGAGCAUGAAGCUUCGGACGAGGCUAGAGACGAGGGCGUGUCGAGCACAGCAAAUCAAGACCGGUUAGCCGGGCAAAGCCGAUAUCAGCCGAGUCAACGUCGUAUGAGUCGCGCCUUUGUACGGCCGCGCGCUAAGGAGGGAGGCCUAUGGUGUUCGCGCACGAUGCACGAAGGCUGCAUCAUCGUAGCUUCCAGCGAUCAAAGCGUCAAAUUUCAUGAGGUGUGGAGCGGAUCUAAGCGAAGCACAGCUGCAGUGGCGGGCUCUUUUGGGGGCAGGGGCAUCCUUGAGGGUUUGGAAGGUCUAGAGAAACCGGGGGAUGAAAUCAUUCGUUGA